GGAUGGGACCCACGCAGCCUCCCAGCAUCUGGGUUACGAGGGAAGCGCGGACCUUUCAACAAGAGCUUUAUUAAUUCUCAGGUCCGGAUCCUGGAAAGCGAUGGAGGUGGCCGCUAAUUGCUCCUUGCGGGUGAAGAGACCUCUGUUGGAUCCCCGAUUCGAGGGUUACAAACUCUCUCUCGAGCCGUUGCCCUGUUACCAGCUGGAGCUUGAUGCAGCUGUGGCAGAAGUAAAACUUCGAGAUGAUCAAUACACACUGGAACACAUGCAUGCUUUCGGAAUGUAUAAUUACCUACACUGUGAUUCGUGGUAUCAAGACAGUGUCUACUACAUUGAUAAUCUUGGAAGAAUUAUGAAUUUAACAGUGAUGCUGGACACUGCCUUAGGAAAACCCCGAGAGGUGUUUCGACUUCCUGCAGAUUUGACUGCGUACGACAAUCGGCUUUGUGCAUCUGUCCAUUUCACAUCUUCUACUUGGGUUACCUUGUCAGAUGGAACUGGAAGAUUAUAUCUCAUUGAAACAGGUGAACGUGGCAACAGUGCUUCUGAAAAAUGGGAGAUUAUGUUUAAUGAAGAGCUAGGGAAUCCUUUUAUUAUAAUUCAUAGUAUCUCAUUGCUGAAAACUGAAGAACAUUCAAUAGCUACCCUACUUCUUCGAGUAGAGAAAGAAGAAUUAGACAUGAAAGGAAGUGGUUUCUUUGUUUCCUUGGAGUGGGUCACUAUCAGUAAGAAAAAUAAAGAUAAUAAAAAAUAUGAAAUAAUUAAGCGUGAUAUUCUCCGUGGAAAGUCAGUGCCAAAUUAUGCUGCUAUUGAGCCCGACGGGAAUGGUCUAAUGAUUGUUUCCUACAAGUCCUUCACAUGUGUUCCAGUUGGUCAGGAUGUUGAAGAAAAUAAGGAUGAAGACAUAUCAGAUAAAAUCAGAGAGCCUCUGUAUUACUGGCAACAGACUGAAGAUGAUUUGACAAUCACGAUACGACUUCCAGAAGACAGUACUAAGGAGGACAUUCAAGUACAUUUUUUACCUGAUCAUGUCAACAUUAUGCUGAAGGGUCAGAAGUUUCUGGAAGGAAAUCUUUUUUCAUCUAUUGAUCAUGAAAGCAGCACAUGGAUAAUUAAAGAGAAUAAUAGCUUGGAGAUUUCCAUCAUUAAGAAGAAUGAAGGACUGACCUGGCCGGAGCUAGUAGUUGGAGAUAAACAAGGGGAGUAUAUAAGAGACUCAGCACAAUGUGCUGCAAUAGCUGAACGUUUGAUGCAUUUGACCUCUGAAGAACUGAAUCCAAAUCCAGAUAAAGAAAAACCACCUUGUAAUGCUCAAGAAUUAGAAGAAUGUGAUAUUUUCUUUGAAGAGAGUUCCAGUUUAUGCAGAUUUGAUGGCAACACAUUAAAAACUACUCAUGUGGUGAAUCUUGGAAGCAACCAGUACCUUUUCUCUGUCACAGUGGAUCCUAAGGAAAUGCCCUGCUUCUGUUUGCGCCACGAUGUGGACGCUCUCCUCUGGCAGCCGCACGCUGACAGCAAGCAGGACAUGUGGGAGCACAUCGCGACUUUCAAUGCUUUAGGCUAUGUCCAGGCGUCAAAGAGAGACAAAAAAUUUUUUGCCUGCGCUCCAAAUUACUCCUAUGCAGCCCUUUGCGAGUGCCUUCGCCGCGUGUUCAUCUAUCGUCAGCCUGCCCCCAUGCCCACUGUACUUUACAACAGAAAGGAAGGCAGGCAAGUAGGGCAGGUUGCUAAGCAGCAGGUAGCAAGCCUAGAAACCAGUGAUCCUAUUUUGGGCUUUCAAGCAACAAAUGAGAGAUUAUUUGUUCUAACUACCAGAAACCUCUUUUUAAUAAAGGUGAAAACAGAGAAUUAGUUAAUCCAACAUGUUGGCUUCUCUGUACUGGGAAAGGUAUCAGCGGAAGCUGGAAGGCUGGGCAACUGUACUGUAACCUAUUAAGUUUUAAUGUGUUAAAUAAAAUUAUCUUGUAUGAAUUUUUAUUUUUUAAAGAUAUUGGAAAUAUAUUCAAGAGAUUAUGAUUCUAUAAAAGCUGUGGAAUGAAGCUGCAAAUUUAGAGAAAAUUGGCUUCUGUAAAAAACAUAAAGAUGCUA